AUGGCGGCUGCUCCAGUCGACGUCGCCUACAUCGCGGGCCACCUCGGGCUCGACCAGCCUGUGGUGGCGUCCUUGACGACACAGCCCACCGUUGAGCUGGUAACUACUCUGCUGCAGGCCGUGGCUGCCAAGGCCCACGAGUUCGAGACCCUUUAUGCAGAGAAGCUUCAAACAGACAUCGAAUUGGAAAACGCCGUUCGGAGUUCCGAGACGAAAUCUCAAACCUUCAAGGGGACUGCGGAAAAGGCUCUCAAGGAUGUCGAGGAAGCUAGACAGCGCCUCAAAGAAGAGGAAACCAAACGACAGUCUUUGGAAAAUGAUCUUCAAAGCUUGAGAGCCAAGUACUCCGACCACGAUGCCGAAGUCAAGGCCCUCAACGACAAGAUUGAGACUCUCCAAUCUUCGAAUCGAACGAAUCUUGGCAUCAUCGAAUCUAAUAACAAACGCGACCAGACCUUGACCGACGAACUCACCAAGCAGCACCAGCGAAACGUCGAACUCGCCCGCGAGCUAACGACCCUCCAGCAGUCCGAGCAAAACGCAAAGGGCCAGCUUAACAGUGCCAAAUAUCGGCAGGAGGCUCUUCAGCAGCAGCUCGACUUGGCCCGCCAGAAUGCCGAGUGGCUCGAGACCGAACUGAAAACCAAGAGCGACGAAGCCCUAAAGUACCGCAAGGAAAAGGGCUCCAAGAUUGCCGAGCUUCAGAGACAAAAUGAAGACGCCAAGGCUCAAAUCGAUGCUCUUCACCGCGCCGAACAGCAGCUACGCGAACGACUCAAUGCUAUGCAAGCAAAGGCCGAUGACGCCCUUGUCAAACUGCAAAAGCAAGAGGGCUCGUUUGCUGCGACCGUCGAGAGCUACAAGCAGGAAUUGGAGGACCAACGCCGCCUUGUGGACAUGUCUGAGCAGCUGAGCAAGAAACACCAGGAACGUGUACGUGAACUGGAGUCGGAGAAGGAACGUCUCAAAGACAGCUACGAGAACGAACUUCGGCGCGUGCGCCUUGAGCUGGAGUCGGAGCGCCGUGUCACCAGCGACAUGGAAGAACGAAUCCAACGAUUGCAGAGCGACCUAGACGAAGCCCAAGUCCGCAUAGAGCACGCUCCUGUAGGAUCUGCACCGCAGACGCCUCAGUUCAAUGGCUAUGUCGCCGGACGGGCCAACUCUCCUUUUGGAACUCCAGGUUCCGCCCGAAACAAGUCCACCAUCACCGCCACACAGGCAAUCGAGCAGCUUUACCAGGUAAAGGGCCAGCUUGCUAGCGAGAAGCGGCGCAACCAACAGCUUGGCGAGGAGCUUGACGGCAUGAUUGCUGCUCUGGAGGCCAAAACGCCAGAGAUUCAGGAACUUCAAUCUGAAGCGGAGACUCUUCGAAACGAGAUUGCUCACAUGUCUGAGCUUUCGCAGCAGAGUUUCGAGGAGCGAGAUGCAGCAAGAAAAGCAGCAAGGAAGGCGGAAAGUACGCUUGCUACGGCCCAAUCCGAAAGCAAGAUUCUUCGCACUCAACUGCGAGAUUUGGGCACACAGAUCCAGAUGCUCGUCUUCAACAUCUAUGCCAUUGAAAAGGGCAUGAGUCAAUUAACAGAGGAAGAAAAGUUCCGUCUGCAGCAGCUCGAAAAGGGCGAAAUCACCGAAGAAGCCUUGUCCGAUAUGUCGGAUACCCACCAGUUCAUCACUCAGAAGUUGGUAGUUUUCAAGGAUAUCAAGUCGCUACAAGCCAAGAACGAAGACUUACUGCGCAUCACCCGAGAACUUGCGGAGCAGAUGGAAAGCGAGGAAGCGCUGGCUGCGAAGCACCAGGCCAAGGAGGAUCACGACUUGGUGGAGAAACUACAGCAGGAUCUCGCUCAUAUGGUGGAAGAGAUCAAGUCUGCUAAAAUCACAAUGGAGAGCUACAAGAUGGAGCGUGACAUGUUCCGGCGACUUCUUCAGCAGCGCGGCGCAGGCGAAGAUCCUUCUUCUUCUCUCAUGCGCCACUCUAUUGGAGGAGGAAUGCCCGUCACCAGCAUUGAGUCUGUGGAGCAAACUGAGACGUUGACAGAAGCCUUGCGCAAAAUUCAAUCUGAAUACGACAGCUUCCGAGACGCCCAAGAUGGUGCACGAAAGGACUUUAGAGAUCAAAUCAAUCACCUGACGGCAGAGAAGAAUUCGCUUCAGACUGCCAACAUCAAACUGCAGGGUGAGGCCAGACUGGAAUUUGAGCGACGAGAGAUGUUGCAGAGCAAUUAUAUCGCGCUCCAGAAUGAGAACAGUGAGCUCCAGAAGCGAACUCAAAUACUGUCUGAGACUGCCGCCAAACAGGACAUUCGUGUUCAGCAAGUUGCUGAAGAGCUUGUGGAAGUCAAGGGCCUCCUAGACAGCAUGCGAAACGAAACAGCCAACUUGAAGGCGGAGAAGAAGCUUUGGAAGGAUAUCCAGGAGCGAAUGAGCAAGGACAACGACUCUUUGAUUGAGGAGAAGAACAGGCUGGGCAACCUCUUGACCGCUCAGCAAUCCCUCGAAAAUGAGCGCAAUAUUACCGAAUCCGAGGCUCGCCGCAAGGCUCAAGCCAAGAUUGAAUCCUUGGAGCUUGAGCUGAGUACCGUGCAAAAGAAGCUGUCUCAAACCUCGGAUGAUAUUCAACACCUGCAACAGAGGAAGGAAUACGAGGCUAAGGAGUCUCAGAAACGAAUUGACGAUCUUAUGACGAGCCUGAGCCAACUUCGAGAAGAGCAUGUCAGCGCCAAGACAAGCCGUGAUCAUCUUCAAGCCCGCGUUGACGAAUUAACCGUGGAGCUGCGAAGCGCCGAAGAGCGUGCCGGCCGCCUGCAGCCCCGUCCCACGCCUAGAUCAGGCCUCAUGACUGAUAACAACUUGCGUCAACAAGAGCUUGAGGCCGAGGUUCAAGACCUCAACAACGACAUUUCAGACCUCAAGCGUGAUCUCGACAUGGCCAACACGCAACUGGAAAAUGCAAAGGCUCAGGCUGAGCAGUACAAGGAACUGAGCCAGGGCAACGAGGAGGCGCUGGAAGAUUUGCGUGCAUCGCAAGACCAAUACAGACAAGAGAUUGAGGUUCUCAUUCAAGAAAAGGACAGCAAGAUCAAGGAGCUAGGUCAACAGAUUGAAGACUUGUCUGCUGAACUCUCACGAUCCAACACCGAACUAUCCAGCAUUCGCGACUCCCAAGGCGAAAUUGCACGAAAGUACGAAGACGAGAAGACGAUCUUGGAGGACGAAGUUAAGCGACUCAAGGAAGAAAGCAGCCGACAUAUUGAGGCUGCCCGAUACCAUCAGCAGGACUUGCGUGCUCAAGCUGAGAUUGCGUCAAAAGCCCAGCAGGACUACGAAAAGGAGCUUGUCAAGCACGCCGAGGCUGCCAAAUUGGUUCAACAGCUUCGCACCGAGUACAACGAGUUCAAGCAAGAGUCGGCAUCGCUGCGCGCCGAAGCAGAGUCUGCCAAGGUUGCACUCGCGCAAAGUGAAAGCUCAUGGGAAGACCGGAGGCAGCAGCUGGAGCAGGAGAUGGUCGAACUCAAGCAACGACGCGAGGAUGCCAACGCUGAGAACAAGCUUCUGCAUAAGCAACUGGAGAGCUUGACUGCCCAGAUUGCAGAUCUGCAGCACAUUCGCAACGACAAGGCCGAUGAGGACGAAGCCACGCCGGCCAUUGGCGUAGGCGAUGCUAUUGAGGGCAUGCGAGAGCUCAACGGAUAUCUGCGCCGUGAGAAGGAGAUCCUGGAAGUUCAGUACGACAUGAAGACCAACGAGUCGAAGCGACUACAGCAGCAGGUCGAAUAUCUGCAAUCACAGCUUGAUGAGGCGCGUCUGAAGCUCGACCAAGAGCGCCAGUCUUCGCAGAGCGGCAACACCUCCAUGGCCCACAAGGAUCUCAUGGACAAGCUGCAUGAACUCAACCUCUAUCGCGAGAGCAGCAUGGCUCUCCGGACGGAGAACAACCAGCUAAAGGAUCAAAUAUCUGAGAAGAACAGGAAAAUCGAAGAGAUGGUCCAGAGCAUUCAGCCUCUUGAAGCUGAGAUUGAGAACCUAAAGACACAGAAGUCCUUCUUGGAAGAAGAAAUUAAGCAGAUUCAAGCAGACCGUGACCGUUGGCAGAAGAGGACUGAGGGUAUCCUGACCAAAUACGGCCGCGUUGACCCAGCCGAGAUGGAGCAGCUGAAGCAGACCAUUACCGACCUCGAAACGGAACGGAAUGCUCUCAAAGAAGGCGCAGGGCCCCUCCAGGCGAAGAUUAUUGAGCUCGAGUCGACGCUUGAGACUGAACGUGCCAACUGGCUAAAUACUCGAUCAAAACUCACGGAACAGUUCAAGGAACGAUCUCGCAAGCUCACUGGCGAAAAGAACGAGCUUAACCAGCGAGCGACUAGCUUACAGGAGCAGCUUGACAAGGUGGCCAAUGAUCUUGCCGGAGCACAGAAGCAAGUUGAGCAGUCUGUCGAAGAAAAGGCAGAGCUGUCGAGACAAGUUCACUCUUUCCAGCAAAAGGUUGAAGAGCUUCGCCGACAGGCUCAGCAAACGCAGCCUGCAGCUACGCCAGCUGGCCAACAGCCGCAGUCUGAUGCGACCGCAUCGUCAGAAGUUGUUACUGUGCUUCAGCAACGUCUUGCAGACGCCCAAAAGGAACUGGAAGCAGUCAACGCCCAGAAACUAGGAGCGGAACAGCAGCUCGAAAGAUUACGAACCGAAUUGCAGACGGCUACUUCGGAGCGUGAUGGUGCGUUACAGAAGCUUCAAGAAGCUGCCGCCGCGGGUGCGCCAUCUGCCGAUGGGCCACCUAUUUCAAACGUUGACGGUGCAGAGCCCCAAGCUGUUGCAAAUGGCUUGUCGGAUGCCGAGAGAAGAUCGCUGGAAGAAAAGGUGGCCGCAGCUGAAGCAAAGGCUGCUGAGUACGAGCAAAAGGCCAACGAAGUUGAAGCCAAGAUUCAGCAAACCAUCAAGGAGCGCUCGGACAGGAUGAAGGACACACUGAAUAACAAGCUGAAAGAGAGCCGCGCCAAGCUCGAGGACGAGUUUAAGAAGAAGGACGAAGACCUGAAGCUACGAUUCGAGCAAGAGAAGUUGAUCUGGCAGGCCGAGAAUCCAUCUGGGUCGGCCCCGGCAAAGGACGCACCCGCUGGUGAACAGGCACCGUCAAGCGCACCACCCAAGACUGAGGAGCCUUCGACUGCCGCUCCUGCCACAAGCGGACCGCCUGACCUCUCUCAGCUGGAUGAUUCAUCUAUUCGACAAUUCUUGUCCUCAAACGCCACUGUCAAGAACAUCAUUGCCGCUAACAUUCGCAAGAAGUUGGACACAGAAAGUGCCCGAAUCAAGUCCGAAUAUGAGAGCAAGAUUACAGCGGCACGCGAGCAAGCUCAGCUCAUGGAGUCCAAGAAGUCUACGCUACGUAUCAACAUGGCGGAGAACAAAUUGAGGACUGCGACAGCGAAGCUUGGUGUUGUUGAGACGGCGGCGAAAGAGACGCCGCAGAAGCCAGUGGUGGAAGUUUGGGAGGUGGCCAAGUCGACUCAGGCUCCUCCGCCAGCGCAAGCAGCCAAACCUCCGGCUCCGGCUCCGGCGGCAGUCCCAGCUCCAGCCCCAGCAGCUACCUCGCCCGCGAAGCGGCAGUCUGUCUCUGGCAACGUACCAGCUUCAAAUGCCGCCCCUCAUGCCGCAGCCACGGCUGGCCAACCCGUUAACGAUGGUCCAAAGCCCGUCCCUGCAGCGGCUCCUGUACAGGCUGGUCAACCUCCAGCAGAGUCAAAGGCUCCGGCUCCUGGCUUGGCUGCGCCAGUGGCCAGCGGAAACCCGCCUCCUCAGGCUUCAAAUCCGUUUGCUGUGCCUGUGCCCGCCAGCGGCUCUGAAGCUCCCAAUCCCUUUGCUUCAAAGCCUGAGACGGCGGCUAACGCUCCACCGGCUCAAGCUGCCCAACCGUCAGGUUUACCACCAGCACCACAACAAGCACAGCUGCCGCAGAUACCACCUCAACCCCAACAGGGCCAAAUGCCCGUACGAUCUGGUAUCCCGAUGCCUCGCGGAGGCGGACGUGGACGAGGAGGAGCCUACAUUCCCCCUAGCCAACGAGGCGCAAGUGGCAACCAAGAGGGUGGACAAGGCCAUGCUGGCCGUGGCGGACGUGGAGGUGGACGAGGAGGCCGCGGUGGGAUGAACCCAUCUGCUUCUGACUUCCAGCCUGGAGCCAAGCGACCUAGGGGGGAUUCCGAAGCCGCAGCUGGAGCCAAGAGAGCCAGAGGAGCUCAUUGA